GCGCCCGCGGACGCUCACAAAGGGAAGAGACGCCAUUGGCUGAGCGCCUCCUGCUGCUGCUGCGCUGUGAUUGGUCGGUCUCUGGCUUCCAUCUGAUGUAUAUGAGUGGUGUCCGCCUCCUCCUCUCAUCAGUCACUGCUCUGCGUGGAUCUGCUCUGCUGACGCCUGGACGGGUUUGGACGGCACCCACAAACAAUGACACAUGUUCAGGUUUUAAGUUUUGUGCAACUUUUGGCAAAGAAUUAAUCUAAGACAAGACCCCGAGUCUGGAUAAAGGUCUGGACCACUACCAUGGGCGAGUCCAGUGAGGUGCGAACAGACGGUAACUCCCUGCUAAAGGCCGUCUACUUGUGUCGUCUGCGUCUGACGAGGCUGCUUCUGGAAGGAGGGGCUUACAUUAACGAGAGCAACGAACAAGGCGAGACCCCGCUGAUGGUGGCCUGUAGGACCCACCAUACGGACUCCCAGAGUGUCCCCAAGUACAAGAUGGUCCGGUAUCUUCUAGAAAACGGUGCCGAUCCAAACAUCCAAGACAAAACUGGAAAGACGGCUCUAAUGCACGCGUGUCUGGAACAGGCCGGGGCCGAGAUCCUGUCCCUCCUGCUGAGCAGCGGCGCUAAUCCAACUCUGGACGACCACACGGGACUGUCCGCUCUGGUUUACGCCGUCAAUUCAGGCAACAGGGAUGUUCUCCGGGUUCUCCUGGAUGCCUGUAAGGCCAAGGGGAAGGAGGUCAUCAUCAUCACCACCAACAAACUGCCUUCAGGACAUCAGCUGACAAAGCAGUACCUCAAUGUUCCUCCACCUCCGGACCUGGUGGAGCGCAUGCACUACCCCCAGACAUCUUGCGUGUUUCCGUACGAGAACCAGCUCCGAACUCCUCCGCAGGGGUCAUCGGCGAGUGCUUCUCCACAACCUGGGAGUCCCCUUCUUGGCCUCAGGGAUCCGCUGUGCUCUUCUCGGCCCAGUUCUCCAAUCCAGCAUCCAAGUCCUUUACGGGUUCCUUGCAUGGACAAACGGCUGAACCUCCAGAGGUUCCUCUCGGAGCAGGGCCUGAAGAGUUCGCUGCUGCUCCAACAGAGCCACUCGGCUUCUCUGGCGGAGGAACUGGGGGAAAUCUCAGCUGAAGAGGAGCUGUCCUUCAAAGUAAACGCCUUCCACGGACGACAUCCGGCAGUUUCGCGCCACCACAGCAUCGACGUCAAAGAUGCGACCGGGCUCCUGAAAGCACUGGAGAACAUGUCAGGAAAUGAACCCAGGGGAGGUGGAAGAAAAGGCUUGGGUAGAAAAAUGUCUUAUGAUAGUGCUACCAAUUCCGCACACUCGGCUUCGCACCCGAACUUACACCACGACAGUCUCCCCUUCCCCCACGAGUCCAAACCCGUGGACGAGGAUUCCGCCGACUGUCUCAGACAACUUAAUGUUUCCAGUCUUCAAAACGUCGUCCGUCGUCGAAACAUCGGAAUCGACCACUACAGCUCCGACUCGCAGUUACCACAGUUUGCAAGUCGAGACGUUACCUCCAAGAACAACAGCGGAGCAGGAUGGGAACGGCAAAAACUGGUCACCAGUAAAUCCUCCCCUCUGUCCGAAUCUAGAGAGUCCAUGGAAAGCACCGUCCAGAGGCGAGGUACAGCCGGACUGGAGCGAAGAGGCUCAGGGGCUCUUCUUCUGGACCACAUCGCCCACACUCGGCCCGGGUACCUUCCUCCUCUGAAUCCCCACGCUCCCAUACCCGACAUCGGAGUCAGUUCUAGCUCUUCUUACCCCUUGAGUGGAAGUAGCAAAACACUAAACAGCGUUCUGACGGGAUCGAAGCCUAUCCUGCCCUGCGCGCCCAUUUUCCCAAGGGAUCUAAAAUCCAAGAACACGCUGUGGAGACGCCACUCCAUGCAGAGUGAGCAGAUCAAACAGCUGGUCAACUUUGAAGAAACCUUUGACCACUAGAGCAGUGUGUUUUAUGUGUGUCGGAAAAUGCAUGCGCUCUUAUUAGUGUAAGUAAAAUACAUCUGUUUUA